UUUUAGGGGACAGCAACAGCUGCAAAAGCAUUUAAUGGUAUUCCACGAACAAUGACACUUGGGGUGUCCACGGCCUGAACGACACAAAGAUUGGGGGACCACUCUGAAGUUGUUAAAUGGGAAGCUGGUAUGGAUACUGAAGUUCUGUUUUCUCUCCUUCCUACCGCACAGACAGUUACAGACAUGUACUGGAGUGGAACUUGGGAUCUUUGAAGAGAGCAUGUGUCUGAAUCUGAAGUCAACUUGGGACAUUACUCAGCCUUCAGGAGACGGGUGGCAUUGCUUCUCAACUCAAAGAGAGAUUGCAAGUGCGGAAUGUAUGUUGACGGUCGUUCCUGGCGACUGAAGCGAGAAAUUUGCAGUGCAGAAGUUGGACCAUCUUAGCCCAGUAAAUAACUGCCACGUCUUGCUCUCCUGGACUGCUUAAGGUGAAGUGAAGGUAACAAAGACGCAGAAAUGGAUGUGUUUGGUGGUGCACCGCGUUUCUUGGCCUAUCCAAGACCUGUGGUGGUGAAAAGUGGAACUGAUGCAGUCCUGAAGUGUCAAAUUGGUGGUGAUCCAAGGCCUGCAGUUAUCUGGGAGCGAAACAAUGAAAAGAUUGACCCACAAGGACGAUAUAGGGUCUUUGAGGACGGAAAUGUUUACAACCUCAUCAUUUCAGCUGUGACCACAGAAGACAGUGGCCAGUAUAUAUGCAAAGCAAAGAACAGCAUUGGGGAAACAUAUGCAGCGGCCACACUAAAGGUGGAAGGUGAGGCACAAGAGAUGGAGCUAAGAGAGGAAAAUAAGCCACGAUUCCUCAUCAAGCCCCUCUCUACGCGUGCGGGUCGUGGAGAAGAUGCUGUCUUCUCUUGUAAGCUCUGGGGUAACCCACGACCAGAAGUUGUGUGGGAAAAGGAUGGCAGGAAACUCAAUGAAAUAUUUGAAAGCACACAUUUCAGUGUGAGCUACCAGGACGGUGGAUGGUUCCAGCUCAAGAUCUUUAAAACUCGCGCACCAGAUGGUGGUGUGUAUACAUGCAAAGCCAGGAAUGAAUUUGGGGAAGCAUUGGCAGGGGCUGUUUUGCUUGUUGAUGCAGGGCCAGGACAUGAGGAAGAUGGAAAUCGCAAUGGCUACACAAAUGGACACUGGAAAGCCUACCAGGGAAAACAGAAGAGUGGUAGGCAAGUGUCAAAUCGACUCAAAGAUGACACAAUGACUAAGUCAACUAAAGUAAAAAUGUUUGCAGUGACAGAGGGCAAACAUGCCAAAUUCCGCUGCUUUGUGACUGGUAAACCCAAACCAGAAAUAAUUUGGAGGAAAGACGGCAGGCUGAUACUGUCUGGAAGGCGUUAUUUGUUAUAUGAGGACAGAGAAGGAUACUUCACACUUAAAGUUCUGUACUGUAAGCAGAAGGAUAACGGAGUUUAUGUUUGUGCUGCAUCAAAUACUGCAGGGCAAACCCUCAGUGCCGUACACCUCUCCGUAAAGGAGCCGCCUGUGCGGUUCAAGCAGCCUCUCAUUGAUCUGGAAGUAUGGGAACGAGAUUUGGCUGUUCUUGAGUGUGAAGUUCCAGAGGACUCUGUUCCCAUCACAUGGUAUCUGGAGGAUAGACGGCUGCAGCCAGGGGCCAAAUAUGGAAUGGAGGAGUGGGGAACAAAAAGGCGACUAACUAUCCGUGACAUCGGAGUUGACGAUGAUGGGAUUUACCUCUGUGAGAUGCCCGACGGUGGUAGAAGCAUUGCAGAGGUAGCCGUAAAAGGUACAAUUUUGCGGAAGCUUCCAAGAAAAGUGGAUGUCCUGGAAGGCGAAAAUGCUGCCUUUUGUGUUGAAGUGGAAAAAGAAGAGAUGGACAUACACUGGUACAAAGACGGCAUAGAGCUGCGUGAAACCCAUCAGACCAUUCUUAAAUCCUUUGGUCGAACUCACAUUCUGGUUUUCGUCAAUACAAUGCCCCAAGACUCUGGCCUUGUGACUUUCCUUGUAGGCAGAUCGAAGACUUCCUCUCAGUUAAGAGUGAAAGCGGCUAGACAUUGUCCUCCCAGUUGUCCAGUGGGUGUGCAGAUCAACACAGAGCGUGCAAAUGCUGCUCUUCUGUCAUGGGUUCCUGCUCAGGACUCACGAAAGAACCCUCCGUCUGGAUACGUGCUUGAGCGUCAGGAGGUGGGCACUGGCUCACAGGAAUGGUUACAGUGCCUCACGACUGACUCUGCAACCUCUGUGGAGAUCCUUGGUGACAGUGUACCAUGUGAGGCAGAUUAUCGAUUUCGCAUUUGCAGUGUAAACAAAUAUGGAAAGAGCAACAAUGUUGAGUUCCCCAGAGCUGUUCACUUGGUUCCUGUGGCCAGAAUACAAGCUCCCUUACAGGAUGCCUUGGUGCCUGAGGGACAAGAUGCCAUCUUCUCCAUUGAGCUCUCUGCAUCAGUUAUUGGUACAUGGUUCUUAAAUGGUACACAGCUCCAGGAGGAUGAACGUUAUUCCAUGCGUCGGUCACGAACACACCAAUCUCUUCGCAUCCGAGGAGUACGCGAUACAGAUAACGGCGCUGAGAUUACAUUUAUUGCCUAUGGUAUCCGGGAUUCUGCAGCACUGUACAUUCAAGCUCCUCUUGUCAAGUUUUCAUCACUGUCAGAAAUGGAUCGAAACAAAUUUGUAGAAAUUGGGAAUCCCAUUGUGCUCUACUGUGAGCUGUCAGACCCUGCAGCUCCAGUGCACUGGUACAAGAAUGGGGUGGAAUUACAAACAAUGGAGGGUCUUCAUAUCCAAUCAGAGGGCACCAUGAGAAGAAUUGUCAUCCAGUCAGCAGAGUUCUCACAUUCGGGGGUGUAUUGCUGUGAUGCCAUUGAUGAUGUCAUCAGGUUCAAUGUGGAAGUAGAGGCCCCGCCUGUGAGGUUUUCAGCAAUGCCAGACGUGGAGAGGAACAAAACUAUCCCAAUAGGCUGCCCCAUUGUUUUACAAUGUGAGCUCUCAGAUCCCUCUGCCCAGGUGCACUGGUACAAAGAUGGGUCCAAGCUCCAUCCUCAAAAUGGAGUAGAAAUUCUAACUGACGGCUUGGCAAGAAAACUGAUUGUGCAUUCAGCAGAAUAUUUCCACUCUGGGUUAUACUGCUGCAAGACAAAGGGUGACACCAUCACGUUCAGUGUGGACAUCAAAGCUCCACCUGUGAAGUUCUCAGCAAUUCCUGAGGAAAUGAGGACCAAGUCGAUCGAAGCAGGCUGUCCUAUUGUACUCCAGUGUGUGGUAUCGGAUCCUGAGGCCCACGUUUGCUGGUACAAGGAUGAAAUGCAGCUCAUUUCAAACUCUGCAAUAGAAAUCCACUCAGAUGGCAACACAAGGACAUUAGUUGUUCAGUCUGCAGAGCUGUGCCACUCUGGUGUGUACAGAUGCACCACACAGGAUGAUACCAUGGAGUUUCAAGUGGAGAUCAAAGCUCCAAUGUUGCCGGUGUCGCCCUCACCAGACGUUGUGGAGACGCAGUCACUUGAGGCAGCCUGCUCCACUGACCCAACAUGUGAAACCUCAGACCCUGCUGUCCAUAUGUCAUGGCAGAGGGAUAAAGAACAUGAUUCUAAUAGAGAGCCUGAUUAUGAAAUGGGAGGCAUCAAGAAGACCCUUGUUAUUGAACCAACUCAUCCUUCAAACUCUGGAGCAUACUAUUGUGCAACAGCAGAUGAUGUUGCCCAAUUGAUAGUAAAAAAUCAAGUGCCAUCUCCAACAUAUCUGCUUGGUCCUGAUGUUGAGAAGACCAAGUCUGCUGAAGAGCACUGCCAAAUUGUUCAGCAAUUUGAGAUUUCAGAUCCCAUUGCCAAAGCCUGUUGGUACAAAGAUGGAACCCAGAUCUACCCCAAAAUGGAAGCUGACUGUGAAUCACAGAGCAGCAUCCAAGCCUUGCCCCUCCAGUCACAUGACUUGUCUGGCGAUGAGAGGUUUGGCUGUGAAACAUCUGGUGACUCACAGUCAAACGUGGACAUGAAAGCAGAGCACUGUCACUAUGGUGAUGAGAUUGAUGAGAUAGCUGAUGCAUCUGCCCAAUACACUGUGGAUGUCAAAGCUCCACCUGUGACAAUCACAACACUUUGUGAGGCUGAAAGGAACAAGUCCAUUGAAGUUGGUGAACCCAUAGUACUACGAUGUGAGAUAUCAGAUCCUAAUGUUCAAGUUACUUGGUACAAGGAUGGAAUAAAACUACAUGAAGCAGCUGGGCAAGACAUGGUGGCAGAGGGUUCCAUAAGAACACUGGUUUUCCAGUCAGCGAUGGUGUCUCAUGCAGGGAUUUACAGCUGCAAGACAACAGAUGAUGCAAUGCAGUUUCAUGUGGAUGUUAAAGCUCCACCUCUGAAGUUCUCAGCUAUACAUGAGGCGGACCAGAAAAAGACAGUCAUGGCGGGCUGUCCUAUUGCUCUACAAUGUGAGCUGUCAGAUGCCACUGGACAAGUCAGUUGGUACAAGGAUGGAACAAAGCUCCUACCUCAGAGCGGAGUAGACAUCCAGUCAGAGGGAAAUUUGAGGAGUCUAGUUGUCCCAUCAGCAGAGGAGGCUCACACUGGCAUAUACCGUUGUGAGUCAAAGGAUGAUGACAUCCAGUUUGCUGUGGAAGUAAAAGCACUACCUGUGAAGUUCUCAGAGCUUCAGGAGACUGACAGGAACAAAUCCGUUCAAGAAGGCACUCCCAUUGUCCUCAGCUGUGAACUCUGUCAUGAUGCUUCUGCUCAUGUGGACUGGUACAAGGAUGGAAUGAAACUCCUGCCACAAAACAAUGUGGAGAUACAGUCAGAUGGUCUAACAAGGAAACUACUCAUCUGUUCAUCUGAAAACAUACAUGGUGGCACCUAUGAAUGUUCAACGUCAGAUGACACCGUCACAUUCAAAGUGGACGUAAAAGGCCGAUCGCCACAGAUCAUGCCAGUCCCCCUGUCAGAAAGAAACAAGACGAUUGCAAUUGGUUGUCCAAUUAUUCUCCAGUGUGAGGUCUCAGACCCUGUUGCCCAGGUUUCCUGGUUUAAAGAUGGGGUGGAGCUUUUUUGCAAAACAGGCCUCGAUAUGAAAAGGGAUGGCAGCUUCAGAAAAUUAAUGAUUCAUUCGGCCAAGGUCUCUGACGCUGGCCUCUACAGCUGUAGCCUCGCUGAGGAUGUUGUGACAUUCCAUGUGGACGUCGAAGCUACUCCUGUGAGGUUUUCAGCACUUCCAGAGGUUGCAAGAAACAAAUUUGUUGAGGCAGGCUGCCCAAUUAAGCUGCAGUGUGAAGUCUCAGAGCCAACUGCCCAGGUCUAUUGGCACAAGGAUGGAGAACAUCUACCUCCAAAGAGUGAAUACGAAAUCCAGACAAAAGAAAAUCUGAGAGCACUAGUUAUUCAAUCAGCAGAAGUCACACACUCUGGGGUGUACAGCUGUGAGGCUGCAGAUGACCAUAUAGAAUUCAAGGUGGAUGUUGCAGCACCACCGGUAACAUUUGCUGAUAUCCCGGAGGAGGACCUUUUCAAGAGUGUUGUGGAAAAAGAACAGCUUGUUCUGUCAUGCGAAGUAUCGAGGACUGAUGGUCUUGUCCAGUGGUACAAAGAUGGAACUGAAAUGCAACCAAGCAAUAACAUUACAAUGCAAGCAGAGGACACCAAAAGAAAUUUGACUAUACAUUCAGCCCAACUGUCCAACACAGGGACAUACACAUGCCGUGCAGGAGACAACAUUUUAAUCUUCAAGGUUACAAUACGAGAACCUCCAGUGAUGAUAAUCUACCCUAAAGAGGAUGUCCACCUUGACCGCCACGUCCCUGAUGAAAUUAUUCUUAGCUGUGAGUUGUCUCGUCCCAAUGGUGUUGUCAGCUGGUACAAAGAUGGCCAAAAGCUGCAAGAGAGCGAGAACAUCAAGCUCAAGAUUGAGGGUCCUUAUCGACGACUGAAAAUCCUUUCUAGUGGAGUCGAAGAUUCCGGAGAAUAUGUCUGUGAUACAGCUGAUGAUUCAAUAUUCUUUCACCUUAGUAUUACAGAACCUCCAGUGCGAAUUGUAUCCCCAAGCCAGUCACAAAUGGAACUGUGCCAGCAAACUUCUGAGAGGAUGGUACUGAGCUGUGAGAUCUCACGGCCCAAUGCAGUGGUGCGCUGGUAUCGAGAUGGACUCGAAGUGGAGGAGAAUGACAACCUUAUUCUGGAGGUGGAUGGUGUCUACAGAAGACUUAUUAUACCCGAAACUACUGUCAAAGAUUCAGCAGAAUAUGUAUGCGAUACAGCAGACGAUUCCAUGACGUUCUUUGUAAACAUAGCAGAGCCUCCUGUUCGCUUCUUACGCCCAAGGAAGACUGCAAGUAGAGUAGAGAAAGUGGCUGGGGAGACUGUGGUUCUAGACUGUGAAGUUUCAAGAUCAAAUGCCGAAGUCACCUGGAAGAAAAAUGGGGAAGAAGUAGAAGACUCCAGAAAUAUCACCGUCCUUGAAGAUGGUGUUAUGCGUCAAUUAACCAUUCACUGUCUAACAGUGGAGGAUGCUGGGCAAUAUGUCUGUGAUGCAAAAGACGAUGUGAUGGAUUUCCAUGUGAACGUGCAAGAGUUGCCUGUAAAAAUUCUUGGAAAAUCCAACGCAAAAACAGAAAAGCUGUUCUUAGUGUCAGAUGACAUUAUUCUUGUGUGUGAACUCUCAAGACCCAGUGUUUCAGUGAAUUGGUAUAAAGAUAAUCAGCUUAUUGGUGACACGGAGCGAUACUGUAGUGAGGAGCAAGGUGUUUUCCGAUCACUGGUUGUCCUAAAUGCUGGGCUCCAAGAUUCUGGAGAGUACACUUGUGAUGCAGGAGAUGAUAAGAUGGUCUUCUACAUCACUGUCAAAGAGCCUCCAGUGCAGAUCAUUGGAAACUCAGGUCACCCAGAGCAUCAUAUUCUGGUAGCAGGAGAUGACCUUAUUUUGGAGUGUGAAGUGUCUCGGCCAAAUGCCACUGUUCAGUGGUUAUGGAAUGGCGAGAUACUGAAACCAGAUACACGUAUAAAAAUUGACAGCCAUGAUGUUAUGAGAAAGCUCGUUCUCUCUGGGCUUCAGCCCUCAGACUCUGGAGAAUACAUUUGUGACGCCAUCGAUGACAAAUUAAUAACAAUUGUUGAGGUGCAAGAGCCAGCGGCCAAGUUUGUGAAUAAAAAAGCAAGUAAUAACAUCACAGCCUAUGAAAAUGAGAGUGUCACGCUGUGUGCCAUUGUGAGCCGUGAAAGAGCUAAUGUCCGGUGGCUGAAAGAUGGCCAACUAUUGAACGAGGACAACAUUCACAUUUCGAGUGAGGGUAAUACCCACAAGCUCACCAUUAAUCCCCUGCAGCUGUCAGAUUCUGGAGAAUAUGUUUGUGACGUAAACACAGAUGAGAUGUAUUUCAGUCUUUUAGUUAAAGAAAUGAAGGUGAAAUUUACCAAACCACUGGAGAAUACUGUGUCUCUGAAGGGCAGCAGCCUUACACUACGAUGCGAGAUCAGCAAGCCCAAAGGAGAUGUACAGUGGCUAAAGGAUGGCCAGGAGAUCUCUCCAAGCCGUCGACACACCAUAAGGGCACAAGGACGAGAGCGAAACUUCACCAUCCACCAAAUAGCUGAGGAAGAUGCUGGAGAGUAUGCCUGUGAAUCCACAGAUGACAGGACCUCAGCUACUGUCACUGUAGAAACUCCCCGUGUUGUUGAGUUCAUAGCAGAGCUUCGUAACAUCACAGUCCGUGAAGGAGAAGAUGCAGUAUUUAAGUGUGUGGUUUCACCAGUGGACACUCAGUUGGCGUGGCACUUAAAUGGCAAGCAAGUAGCUCUGAAUGAGCGGACUGUCAUUUCAAGCAAUGGACUAUGCCACAUGCUCUGCAUCCACAACUGCACGGUUUCAGAUAGCGGCAGAGUGACAGCUGAUGCAGAGGGGUUGGUAUCAGAAGCAGAACUACAGGUUCAAGAGCAACAGGUGAUGUUCACCAAGAAAAUGACACCAGUUUCUGCUGAAGAGUACAGUGAGGCAAUUCUAGAGGUGGAGGUGAGUCUGGAUUCAGGAGAGGUGCAGUGGAUGAGGCAAGGGGUUCUGAUCCACCCUGAGGCUAAGUAUACCCUGAAAAACAAGGGCCGAAAACACAGUCUCACCAUACACAAACUGGCCGUGUCUGACCGGGGCACCUACAGCUGUGAAACACUCCAUGACCGCACGCAAGCCCAGCUAACAGUGGAACCUCGAAAAAUCACAAUCAAGAGGGGAUUGACUGACAUUAAAACCACAGAGAGAGAAACGGCCUCCUUUGAAGUGGAGCUCUCACAUCCCAAUGUGCCAGGCACUUGGAUGAGAAACGGAAUCCAGCUUAAGCCGACAAACCACUUCCGUAUGAGUGCCAAAGGACAAGUUCACAGCCUCACCAUCUCUAAUCUAUCAGUAGAAGACACUGGCACCUUUACAUUCAGUGUAGAGAAUCUGAAGACGUCUGCAAGGCUUGUUGUGAAGGAGCCCCCAGUGACUAUUUUCAGAAAACUGGAGGACCAGAAAUUCUCUGAAGGAGCAGUAAUCUCUAUUGAGUGUGAGCUGUCGAGACACAAUGUCAAUGUAAAAUGGAUUAAGAAUGAGGUUGAGGUGAAGCCAGGGAAGGACUUGCGGAUUUAUGGAAUGGGGAGAAAACGGUUUCUUCAGAUCAUGAAAUGUCAUGUCAGUGACUCUGGCACGUAUACCUGCGAUGCUGGAGAUGCUAUUACAUCCUGCACUGUGGAGGUCUACGAGCGUGAGCUAUUGAUCCUGCAGGGCCUUGAGGAUCUGGACAUCCAGGAAGAUCAGAAUGCCGUGUUUGUGUGCGAGAUCUCAGUGGAGGAUGUGCCAGGAGAAUGGCUCAGAAAUGGGGAGAGGAUACAACCCACCAGCACCAUCAAGAUCCGCCAGGAAGGGACCAAACAUUUUCUUCUUAUGUGCAAUGUGCGAGCAGAGGACUCUGGAGAAAUCAAGUUUGUUGCCAGACAUGUUGAAUCUGUCGCUUACCUGGAGGUGGAAGAGAUUCCUGUCAACAUUGUAAAACCUCUACAGGAUAAGACCGCCCUUGAGAAGACCCGUGUUAUCCUAGACUGCACAGUGUCUAACUCCAGAUGUAGUAUCCGCUGGUACAAAGGCUGCAAUGUCAUCCUGCCCUCGGAGCGCUUCGAGAUAUGCAGUGAAGGCUGUUAUCGCAAACUGGUCAUCCAGCAGGUGGCGCUAGAUGAUGAGGGCACAUACAGUGUCCAGGUUGGAGAGCACACAUGUUCUGCAAAACUGACAGUGGAGGCCCAGUCUUUAUUGAUGGUCAGAGAGCUGAAAGACGUUGAGGUCAAGGCCCCCGAUGAAGCCUGCUUCGAAUGUGAGGUGUCGGUGCCUGUACUCAAAGCUCCUGUGUGGAGUCUGAACGGGGAGCCCUUACAGCCAAGCCCUCAGGUUCUCCUGGAGAAGAUGGGCACAGUCCACAGACUGACCCUCCGACAAACCUCCCCGGACAUGAACGGAGUGGUGGAGUUCAGCUCUGGGAAAACAAAGAGCAGAGCCCAGCUUCAGGUGCUGAGUGAUCCCUGAUGACAUCUCCCAUCUGUCAUCAUCUAGUUGACAUGGAUUGAUUGUUUCAUUGAUGCUUUCAAGUUGUAUUAUUGAUAUUUGUUAUAUUUACAUACAGUCUAUAUAAGUGGUUGAAACAGGGUUAUGAUGGAUUUUCAUGCAGUUUUAUCAUAGUGUGUGAAGAAAUAUUUCAAAGCAGCUCCUUUAUCAUUAAGACAAAUUGCAGUUUGAUUGUAAAUAACGUCCUGUGUGAAAGUGUUUUGACUGUAACCGUGUUAUGAAGGUUGGAGCUGAAUGUGUAUUGGUGCCAAUAGAUACCUGAUUUAAAUAUUGUAAAAAUCAAAGGGCUUCAGUAGUGGGAAGAACUACAAGCAUAUGGUUAGCUUCAUACAGUUAGGAGUUCUACAUAGGUUGAAUGUAACUUACCCAUAAUACAUGUGUGGUAUUAUAAAGUCUUUUUCCAGACUUUGUUUGCUCCAGAUGCAAACUUUGCAAUUCUGCCAUGUUUUAUACAAUAUAACUUGAUUUACACUCAGUGUAUUUUCCCAUAUAUCAGAGCAUGGUUUUGUGUGGCUGUUGUGACAAUGACCCAGAUUUGUUUUGGCUUCGAGAGCAAUAACACCAGCAUCAGUUAUUUACCACAUAGGAGACACAUUUUGUUCCAAUUGACUCCCCCCUUGUAUCCAUAUCAUCAAAUUUAGGUUUUAGAAUGAAUCAUCCAAGUAACAGUUCAUUCAAUUUCACAUUUAAUGCCUAUUUUCAUCAUUUGUCUAUUGUAUAGAAAUUAUUUUGUAUGUUUUGAUGAAAAGUUUAAAGGAAAAAAAAAACAAAUCUGCCUUGCAGGAAGUGGCUUGUCAUGUAAAUAUAUUGGGCCAAAAAUCAGGUAAUUUAGGAAAGAAAUAGGUUACAAAAAUUACUUGAUCACCUUGAUUGAUGCUUGAUUUGUUGAAAUGCUUGUUGAGUGAACAUUGGAAACUUAUUGGAGAUUGAUAGUUGUUUUCAUAUGCGAUCUGUUCCAUAUUCCAUUUUUCCAUUUGACUUGUUUCCACCUCUGCCAUGUUGUGUUGAGCAUUAGGUAGGUGGGGGAAAAAAGUACUGUAGUGAAAUAUGACCUGUUUCAAUAAAACAUGCUUUAUUGAUGCAAGGUAGAAAUAUA